GAGCUUGAAGAAAUCCGCAAAUGUGGAAUGAAAAACUUCCGUAACAUCCAGGUUGAUGAAGCUAAUUUAUUGACCUGGCAAGGGCUUAUUGUUCCUGACAAUCCUCCAUAUGACAAAGGAGCCUUCAGAAUCGAAAUCAACUUUCCAGCAGAAUAUCCAUUCAAACCUCCUAAGAUUACGUUUAAAACAAAGAUCUAUCACCCUAACAUCGAUGAAAAGGGGCAGGUUUGUCUGCCAGUAAUUAGUGCUGAAAACUGGAAGCCAGCAACCAAAACUGACCAAGUAAUCCAGUCCCUCAUAGCACUGGUGAAUGAUCCACAGCCUGAGCAUCCCCUGCGGGCUGACCUAGCUGAAGAAUACUCUAAGGACCGUAAAAAAUUCUGUAAGAACGCUGAAGAGUUUACAAAGAAAUAUGGUGAAAAGCGACCAGUGGACUAAAAUCUGACACAACUGAUGUCAGCAACGUGUGAUAGAAGAUCGGAGCAGUGCAUUUGAGACAUCCCGUAAAGCAGGACUCUAUGGAAAAUUGACAAGUGCCACCUUUCGGUGUUUACUUGUGGCUGUUACUAACUUUCUACAGUUUUCUUAAUCAAAAGUGGGCUAGAUAGCCUGUAAAGAAAGAAUUAAAAAUUUAAGAUGUUCUAGUUCUGCUUUCUUUGUUUAAAAAUCACUGCUUCAAUAUACUUUAAAGUAUGCUGUUUUCUUUUUUUUUUUUUUGUCAGAAUUUAUCAAAAAUAUCUUAGACUUAUAUUCUGCCCUUAAAUUGAAAAGGUUGUGGCUGUCAUUUCUUAUUUUUCCUUGCAGUUACCACUAUCCUGAGUUCAUUUAAUUUUUGCCCCUCCUCAAACUGAUGUCUUAGGAAAAAAAUCCCACUUCUGGCGGAAAGUGAUUGAGUGUUUGGCAGUUUUGUUUACUCUCCUCCUCAAACAUUGCACUGUGCUCUGGGGGACUUGCUGCAAGUUCCCCUUAACUUCAGUUUGUACCGUAAUAAAAACAAACCCCACAAAUACAAUUGGAAAUAACGUCCAGGUCUGAUGUAAAUUUGGCUGAUGUUACCACAAAAUGUUUAUUAAAGGGGGAAAUACAAUUCCUUGUGUGCGUUAUUGAAUUAGAAUAUGGCUUAUGUCCGGCUUUUGGAAAAAAUGUACAUAUGCAGCAAACAAGUGGUAGAAUGUGAUUCCAAACUCCUUUCCCGUGGAUUCUCAAGAGCAGUUCACUUAAGUGAGCUUGGAUAACGUGCACAGAACAACAGUGCUACCAGGUUAGAAGUUCCAGAAAUGGAGGACCACGAGGUACACCAAAAUAACAAACUGGUAAUGAGUUAAAAAGUUGGUAUUUUAGAAUGGAGUUGAUUUCAAAUUCAAAUACUAAAUGUUAGCACUGCUAGUGAUACUUUUUUCAUCCAAAUGCAUAUGAGAUAUGUUCUAGGGCAUGGCACUCAUGCCAUUCCUUGCCCUGUUGCUGUACAGUUAUUACUGAAAAAUACUAUUUAGUAUGAGAGUAGGAUUAAGCAAUAAGCUGGAUACACUUCACUGCUCCUGUUCCUACAUUUUAAAAAUACACGUUAGAUUAUUUAAUGACUACUUCAAGUAUCACUCUGACUUGGGCAGAGCUGCUUCCCUUUGCUCCAGGCACACCUAUGCAUGCUGAAGGAUGCCCUUUCUGUUCAGAGUUGAGCACCCUUUACCGUGUCUAUUGCUUUUCUUCUGCCUGCGUAUCCUAAAUCUACAGUGUGAUUGUAGCUCCAAUCAAACUGCCAUACAAUCAAACUGCCCUCUCCUUCCCCAGCUGUAGAACUUCAGUAUGUUACUGAGUAAACAGAUUUCCAGCAAUCCAUAGGUAGCUGAGAGUACAUAUCACUUUGAUUUGCAAGAACUUGAAUUAGAAAAUCCUUCACGUCUAGAUGGUUGUCCAUACUCCUAAAAUCAGUUUUAAUACAGCCUCUACCUUUGCGACCUUGCAGAACUAGUGCAUCAAGCUGUAGAUCUCUUGUUUUUUAAUGUAUAUUUGCUAUUCCUUCAUUUGCCCUUCUCAUCCGGCUUUUAUUUUGGAUUUAGUGUGAACAAUGACAGCCCGGUACCUCACCUCUGUUGAAAGUAAUUUUUUUAUUAGUUAGGGAGCUAUGAAAUUUCAUGUUUAAGUGGUCUUGGAGGGAUUCUUUGGCAGGUAAAUGAAGUUAAACCACAUUCACCUUAUUUACGGAAACUUAUCUUUCCUAAGUGUUUCCUGGCUUGUGAGAGCACUGUCUAUUACCAAAUUUUUCACAUCUUUGUGUCUUUGGUUGCAGAAAGUUGGUACUGAUUUUGUUUCCUUCACGCUUACUCAGAUUCGUAAUAAAAUAAUGCCAAAUUA